AGGUUACUCUCCUCACCUGAGCUAUUUUAAUCCAACCAGUUUCUGAACAAAUGAAUAAAAAAAAAAUAAAAAAAUUCAAGCCCGCAAGAAAAUAGUGUGCAGAAGCGUAGAAAUGGCGCCGGAAGGAUGAGAAUUUAAAAUUAAGAAGAAGGAGAAUACUAAAUCAAGAGAGUAAGGAGAGAGGUACACGAACAAGAGGACGUAGCCCGUCGACAUGGAACGAGUUCUGACCCUCAGGAGUCGACUACGAACUCUUGCGCUGGUCACUCUUGUCUUCGUUUUAAAAAUUUGAAAAUUUAUUUAUUAUUUAUUUAUUUAUUUAUUAUCUGGAUUUUUCUAAUUACUGAGAUCGCUAAUGGAAUUUUUUUUUUUUUUUGUUUGUUAUCAAGACUGACUAUUUUUAUUCAAGGUGCUAAUCUGACAGGUACUGAAUAAAAAAAAUUAUUACGGGAAUUUAUAAUAAAAAGCUGGUGAAUAAACGAAGAUCAAAUAAAAGAAGAAAAUAAUAAGUUAUAAAAUGACGAAAAAAGUUGUUAAAACAAAACUGGUUCCACCGGACGGUGGAUGGGGAUGGGUCGUUCUUUUUUCUGCUCUCCUUGUUAACUUCCUGAUACCGGGGACAGUAAAGUCCUUUGGUGUUCUCUUUGUUGAAUUCCUUCAGGUAUUUAAGGCAUCACCUACUGCAGCUUCGUGGAUGCCUGCACUUUGUUACUUUCUUUACAGUUCAUUAGGUCCUUUGUCAAGUGUUUUAUCGAUUAAGUAUUCGUACAGAGUUGUUACAUUAAUUGGAGGUACAUUUGCUGCACUUGGAAUGAUGUUAAGUUAUUUUGCUACGUCAGUUUCUUAUUUAUAUGUCAGCUACGGCCUAAUGGUCGGUAUCGGAGCCGGUCUAACCUUUCCCCCGACCAUUUACAUAGUCACCGCUUAUUUUGAACGUCUACGCGGCCUUGCAAAUGGCCUUUGUAUUUCUGGAAGUGCAAUUGGUACCAUAGUACUACCACCAUUUCUUCAGUAUCUUCUAAAUCAUUUUGGCCAUCGAGGAGCUGUUUUAAUAAUGGGCGCAUUGACACUCAAUACAUUAGUCUGUGCACUUCUUUACCACCCGGUUAGCGAACACAUGAAAGAAGUACCAGUCGAGGGUAUUGACAAUGAAGCAUUGACGCUCGACGAACCGAUAAUUGAAGCUAAAAUGUUAACCGAUGGUAAAACAGAAGUACCGACUGACCCAAAUCAUGACCGCCUCACCGAGCUAUCGAAAUAUCUCGAAAAAAAUUUAGACCCAUCAUCCGUCACAAUCAUUAAUGAAAAUGAAAAGGAUCAAGAUAAAUUUCAAGAUGUUGAAUAUGAAAAAAGUGAAACUACUGAAACUAAUGAACGACCAACUGAAACAGUAGUUAAUUUAUCGGCACUCAGCCGUACCAAUUCAACAAGAGUUAGCAAAAAAAAUUUCCAUCUAUCACGUCAGCACAGUAUCGUUUCCGAAAUGGGCCCGAUUGCCUUAAGUCCUCGUAAUAACGUUCCUGGAUUAUUUCGCCGUUUUUUUAAAACUCCCACUAAGAAAAUUCGUCAGCGCGGUGAUGCCAAGACGAAAUCAAAUAAUUUGAAAAUAGUCAAAGACGACAAGAGUGACGAAGCUUAUCAGGGUACUGUGACCAUCAGUAGCACGGAUUCAAAUUCUACAAUCCAUAGUUCGGAGUCCAGCGCAACCAUUAGCACUGAUUCAGGUUCCAGUUCUUCAACUAGCGAAGAAAACAAAUUCUUCGACUUCAGUGUCCUGCGUGAUCCAUUGUACCUAAUUAUUUUAAUAUCCAAUUGUACAUCCGCAAUUAGCAAUACAAAUUUUAUGAUCUUAUUGCCGUCUUACGCGAUUUCGGAAGGUUUUGAUAAAAAUAUGUCUGCGCUACUACUGUCCAUUGUAUCAGCGCUAGAUUUAGUUGGUCGUAUAGGUGGCGCAUCACUAUCUGACAUUGAUUUCGUACCAAAGUAUUAUUAUUUUGUUGUAGGGUUAGGUCUUAGUGGAAUAGCGCUAGCUUUAUUACCCAUGGCAACUUCAUACUUGAUGCUGUCAUUAUUUUGUGCACUCUUUGGACUUUCUUCAGGCAUGUACAUUGGUAUUACUACUGUCAUACUUGCAGACAUGUUGGGAACUGAAAAAUUGAGUUCAUCUUACGGGAUUUCACUUUUUGUUAACGGGGUACUACAGUUGGUAGGACCGCCAGUGUGUGGCGCGAUUUUUGAAAGAGUCGGAACAUAUAAGCCCAUUUUUUUAGCUUUUGGAAUUAUUUUAAUACUUGGUACAGCUUUGUGGGCUGUUGUACCGCUUAUUAAAAGAAAAUCUAAAGAAGAACAAACAGAAUAACGAUUUCAUUAUUUUAAUUUUAUUAGUGAUCAUUUAUAUUAUUUUAGAUUCAAUAUUUUUUUUUUUAGUUAAAAAAAAAGUUUUUGAUUAUGCCCGCAUUUUUUUUAUCUAGUCAUAGUUUAAGAUGUACAAACAAUUGACAGAAUUUUUUUUCUUUUUCAAUCAAAAAUUUAUAAGAAAUUUAAAAAGUAAACUCUUCCAUUUUUUUUUAGAUUAAUUAAGAUCGAGUAAACUAAUUAAGAGGACUGGCAGCGUUUAGAAAAGUAUCUUAUACAUUUUGUAGAAAAUGAGUAUUAUAUUUGAGUGAAGUUGGGUACAAGAGCUGAAGGUUAAUGCUACCAACAAACUAGAGUAUACCCUGCUUAAAAAAUCCAAUAAAUUUUUAUAUCUGUAUGUUUAAGGCUCUAUAUAGUCGUCCCGAUGAAAGCUUGGGAUUUUUUUCCACCACGGUUUCUUCCCCCACCCUUUGAAUGUUGAUUUGGCACAUGCGCACAUUUAAUGACGCAUGCGCUCAUUCUAAUAUUAUGGUCGUGGGGAAAGAAACUAGUUGGGACCACUAUAGUUAACCACAACACCUCUCAUACAACUCAUUCAUUCUUAUAAAAUGUCUAUGAAAAUUUAUGAGAAUCUAUUGGAUUCUAUGAGAUUUUCUAAACAGGGUAGUAAUUUACUAGAUGGAUACAUUAGAUUUUGUAAUUAAUACCCGUACAAAAAUGCCGUUUUACGCCUAUAGAAGGCGCCAUGUCCUAACUUUUGAGAAGAAGAUGUGCGUAAUUACAAAAAAAUUACCUAGCGCAUACUCAAAUGAUCCGCGCAUGCGCAUUGCGGCUUAUUUGAUGCGCAUGCGCAGUCAAGGAAUUUUUAUUACGCUGAUAUGGUAGUACUUAUUAAAAUCCUUGAUAUUUUUAAUUUAGUAUUUAUAAAGAUUGUACUAAAUACGAUUGUACUUAAUUAGUUCCAAGUAAUAAUGUCUACUGCAAGUUUCUGCUGAAGACACUACUUGCGAGGUUCUUUUAGCAGAAAUCACAAUAACAGGAAUUAUAACAUACGAAAGACAAUAUGACAGUCUUCCAAAAAUUUUAUGAAAAUGUCUUUCCAAAAAUCUUCACUCCUGUUUCAACACUGAACUUUAAAAUUGUCUUGCAAAAAUUCUUUCCCUCUGCCCUUUACACCAGCUCAAUAUGGCCGUCAUUUUAAGCCGAUGGUGGGGGUAAGGUAGCAGGCGUAAGCUUGGAGUGACUUGCGCAGUUCGCUGCUAGCCAUGUGUAAGGAUCAUUAUGACAAUUCUUACGCAAGUCUUUCGCAAGAUUUGUAUAAUUUUCUUAAUCUAUUAGUUUGUAAAAUAUCUGUCAUAUAUUUUUUCAUGAUCCGUUGGGUAGAAUAUAACAGUUCUUUUGUAAGUCCCGCACGAGACUUUAAAUUAUAAUCUUCUACAAGUGUAUAGCAAGAUUUAGGGGCAUAUAGCCAACCAGAUGUUGGUUUACAAGACUUGCGUUAGAUUUUGAACACUCUGUUAUAUAGGUUACAAAUACAUAAGUAUUUUUUUGCCACUAAAAUUUGCCAUCCUCGAGAAGAGAAUUCAUAUUAUAGUAAAUUACUGUUGAUAUCAAUAAUUAUGAUCUGAUAUAUGAGUAAAAAAGAUUUUAUGUAAUUAUAUAUAACUCUAUAAAAUUAUAUCAUCAUAUACAAUUAUUCAUGAUUUCAUGAUUCAUAUAUGAAUCAUUCAUGCUCUAUGUAUGAAUUAUAUAAGCUCUAUAUGUAAAUCAUAUAUGUUUUAUAUAUAGAUCACAUAUGGUCCAGAUAUAAAUCGUACACGGUCUAUAUAUAUGAUACAUAUACGCUCUAUAUACACGAAGAGAAAUUUAUGGUAACAACUACAAUAUAUUAUGGGAAUAGUUCCCAUAAUGCAUGGUAACCGGUUUUUUUAAAUGUCGAUUAUAGGAACGAAACCUAUAUAUAUUAUAGUUAUCACUACUAUAACAUUAUGGUAAUCAUUACCACAAUAUAUGGUAACCAUUACCACAAUAUAUGGUAACCAUUACCACCAUUAUGGUAACCAUUACCACAAUUAUGGUAACC